ACAUGAGCAUCGCUUAUGGGUGCCGCCAUCAUUGAUUUCCAUGUGCGCCGCUGUCUUUCGCGUACAUCGCGCGUGAAACUGAUCUCCCGUAGCAGAAUCUAGCGAAAGGCGGCUGCUGCUACUAACAAACGAUGGCGGACGAGGCCGGCGGCGGACAGAACUCAGACUCUGACUUCGAGGACAUGGAUGACGGAGACGUCGAGGACGACGACAUGUCAGACGCGGGCACCGGUGAUGCAGCUGCCGGCGCAGCAGAUCGUCGCGUUUACGUGCCUGGUACCACGACUGCGAACGAAGACGGCGAGGAACUUGAGUGCGAUCAGUCGGCCUACGUCGUCUAUCACCAGGCCACCACAAUUGCUCCAUGCCUGAGCUUCGACAUCAUCAAGGACACCCUGGGUGACGACCGGGCCGACCACUUCCCACUGACUUGCUACCUUACCUCCGGCACCCAGGCCGAGCGAUCGCACUUGAAUCACCUCAUGGUGAUGAAGAUGAGCAACCUGAGUCGAAACAAGGAGGCAUCGCAAAAGGACGCUGGCGACGACGAAGACAGCUCAGACAGUGAUGACGAAGACUCCAAACCAGAGCUUGAAACGGCUCUAGUCCCACACAAUGGCUGUGUCAACCGUGUCAGGGUUGCCAGAGUUGGCGACAAGACCCUAGCAGCGUCGUGGUCGGAAAACCGUCGUGUCUACCUGUGGGACCUCGCCCGGCCGUUGCACGUGCUUGACCACCCUUCGGCCAUGUCGUCAUAUGUGCGCAACCAUGAGGCUCCCAAGCCCAUCUUCAAUUUUGGAGGUCACCUAGCCGAGGGCUAUGCCGUUGACUGGUCACCAACCAAGCCCGGCGUGUUGGCGACGGGCGAUUGCCUCAAGAGCAUCCACCUGUGGAAGCCACAGGAAAGCAGCUGGCAUGUUGACCAGCGACCCUACACGGCGCACACAGCAUCAGUUGAAGAUAUUCAGUGGUCUCCCAACGAAGCCACGGUCAUGGCAUCAUGUUCCGUUGACAAGUCCAUAAGAGUGUGGGACGUGCGAGCGGCGCCCCACAAAGCGUGCAUGCUCACGGCAGCGGAUGCCCACGAAGCCGACGUCAACGUCAUUAGCUGGAAUCGACGAGAGCCUUUCCUCUUGUCUGGUGGCGAUGACGGUGCCAUCAAGGUCUGGGACCUGCGUACCUUUCAGAACGGGCGCCCCGUCGCCACCUUCAAGCACCACCUCGCUCCGAUCACGUCUGUCGAGUGGCAUCCAACGGACAGCACGGUCUUCUGCGCCAGCGGCAGUGACGACCAGCUCACCCUGUGGGACCUGGCCGUCGAGCGCGACCGCGACGCGGAAGGUGCCGCCGGGGACGAGGACCACGAUGACCAGGUGUUGCAGGGACUCCCUCCGCAGUUGCUCUUCAUUCACCAGGGGCAGAAGGACAUUAAGGAAGCGCACUGGCAUCCGCAGAUGCCCGGCCUGAUUCUGAGCACAGCGCAGAACGGCUUCAACGUGUUCCGGACUAUCAGUGUCUGAGGAGGUGCGACCAAGUGGAGUGUACUGCCUCGUGGACUAGCUGGCAGCGACAAGUCGGGUGGCCUUGUGGUUUACCUGGUAGCCACAUUGGGGUCGAUGUGUCAUGUACACCGACCCCGACGAUGCCUGCUUCAGGACUAUACAAUCUGGCUUUCCUGACGCUACCUUCUCCAGUACUAUAAGUUAACGUGCGAAUGAUUCAUAAGAUUAUCAUUGUAAUAAAGGGAGUUAGAUGGCACAUUUCAAGUUUACGCCAGUGAAGAAUACCGCAUAAUCUUGUGUAAGGGCUGCAACAUUUUUUUUUGUAGAUAUGGGGUCGAUUUCAUUGGGCGUGGCACAUUCUCAAGUAAAGAUGUAAUAAAUUUGCAUUUAGCACAUAGAAAAACUGACAUGCGUGCCACUGUGUGCAGCAAUCUUGGGAAGCCUUUAUUUUAGCUUUGCUUCAUUUGUCGUGGUUGACGUAACCAAAGUGCUGCAGCAAUUGAAAUCUGGUUCAUUGAAAGUUCACUAAUGGAAGGUGAAGCCGCCCCUGGACAUGCUGCUCAUAAAGUUGCGUGCCAAAAAAUUCUUUUGGGGCUCUCACGUAAUAUGCAAAGGGAACAUUUAGGUAAAUAAUGCCUCUAUAUGUUUUGGCUGGCCGAGGACCAACGAAAGCUCACUGCACAGAUAUGCACAGUCCAAGUAAAGCGUACAGCUUGCGCCCGACACUCAAAGUGGUGUAUACAUGUGCUGCACAAACGUGUACGUAGAGUGCAAGAAGACAAGCCAGGUGGUGCCGCGAUUUGAAUUGUGUUGGUGCUUAGUUGAUGAACUUCCCUCUAACACGAAAGUGCAAGAACAACCGUACACCUUUAAGCACUGCACCAUUACCGCGCCGUUUUUGACGUGAACCAUUUCCUGGACAUGGUAGCAGACCUUUUGCCAAUGCGUAAGUUCACUGAGCGAAAAACAAUCUGAGUUUCUUGUGCAAAGUGCGAAUGGAAUGUUGCAAUCGAUAGCACCCGCAUACCUUCUUGCGGGAGUGAUGACAUCCAACAUGAAGUGCUGAAAGCCUUGGCAUGGACAGUGUGUACGUACGGCGACAGUAGCGACCUACGAAAGGCAGCAUGAGUGGGAAGUACGACAUUGCAAGCCGUGGGGUGCCGGGAAACAAGUUUUGCAAUGACACCAACGGUUACGUCAUCUCCUACCAACGUUUCAACUGUGAAUGCCGUCAAAGAGGUUACUCAUACGCCCCACAUAUGAAUAGAUUUUUUUUUUUUUUUUCUUAAACAUAUAGGCCUAAAUUCAGGGUUGCAACUCUUGCACAAGCAUAUAAGGUAUACUCUUCCUGCUCAUGAUUUCUCAGUGGCAAGAAAUCGCCACGUUAUCGUGUUUAUAAUGGUGAAAAAAUGUUGAGACUGCGCUGCCUAAUUAUGACAGCCUGUAGUAGAAUUUCAACUUCAGAAUACAGUUGCGAUUGCACUGCUGUAUAACUUGGAGAACCUUUAUGGAUGUGGCAUUAUUUUCAGUUGUGUCCGUGACAUCGUGGCGAAGGCAAGCUCCUUUCAAUAUCAGCCUCCCUUGGGGGCUUUGUAUUGGAUUGCAGAAGUACAGAGGGCAGAAUGGUUUUGUGGACAGUGCUUGCAGUGAUUUCUUCGGUUUUCAGUGGGGUUGCCAAUUCUCGGGUGGUUGAAGUUGAGACACAGAAAAAUGGGGGCUGGGGCUGGCAACGAUUGAUUGUGUCUUUUCUAGGAGCUGUCAAGUCUGUACAUGCAAGAAUAUUGCAAAAUUCUUUUUAGUCCUACAGCGUUGUUAGUUGCAACAAGACAGGUACAGUGGUUGCCUCGUUAACACUGCUACCAAAUUACAGGUACAGGUACUGCGAACGGUUAGGGCCCAGAACCACGAGAAAAAUGAAACAGUCUUUAGGGCUGUGACAAUGCAACAGAAGGCACAAGAAAAGAAUGUGCAUUCUAACUGUCAGGCAUUACAACAAGGAAAUCUGGAUUGUUGAUAGUUCUUCAGUAGAAAAAAUGAGUCGGGAUAUUGAUCAUCCUAUUGGGACAAGUCAGAUCGUGGGCCACUGAAAAGUUAGGGCUGUCCAGCUAAAUUCAGCACGGUUGGCAACUAUAGUUCUCAUAGAGUAUAAGGGAAAUUCUUUUUUUAUAAAGACCGCAAUAGCUGGAAAAUGUGUUAUGUCUGUCUUGCCUGCUCCACUUUCCAUAAAUGCGAACUUCGUGUUGCCGUUUCACCUGCACCAAUCGUGGUGGCUGGGAUUUUUGUAUUUGCGGGCACCUAGUGGAAGACUGUAUUUACCAAAGCAGACUGAAUAAGCCUAUGCCAAGAAUAAUUCAAAGUAAAACAAAUAACUUUCUUUUAUGAAACUCAUGCUUCACGUUUUAACUCUGUCACUAUAUUGUAACAUAAGCAGGCAGGCCAUUGUUAUGUAUCUGAUGAUCACAUUAUCAUUCAUUCACCAUCCGCGCUGCACAUGUGAUUUCAGGCAAGUUCAACACCUCUGAGCAUUAAAAGAUAGUAUGAACAAAGGAGCGGAUAAUAGAUUUGCUGCACACCUGCGGGUUUCAAGUGCAAAAUUGCAUGCAGAAUCGCGCUGUGUGAGACAGACCUUAUGUGAACAUUGUGUUAGCACCACAAGGACUGGUAUUAAGUCCUUUGGUACUGAAAUGCACAAGUAAAGGAACGUAUUGGCAAGGUUCUCUUGUAUAUUGCUUUUUCCUGCAUAAAUGUGCCAUUGUUUAUUACUCUGUGA